AUGGCUUCCAAGAACACAGCCUACAAUACCAAGGCCACUUAUGAGGAUGAGUCUCAUCAGAUCAUCUCGUCAUACUUCAUUGGUCCUCAAGCUGAGAACCUUCCUUAUUUCAGGAAAAACAUCAAUCUUAUCUUGGAUGAGCUUGAAGCUGCGAGAAAGAAUUACUACCCUGAAGAUGGACAGAAUUUCAUCGAUGAGCAGACACAGAACACGCCUGCUUUCCGCAAUUCCAUGGACAAGCUCAAGAAUGCCGUUCAAAUGGCCUCCAACAUUUUGAGCAAGUCAAGCAUACCGUUCUGGUCCCCUCGCUAUGAAGCUCAUAUGUGCACUGACCUGAGCAUGGCUUCAAUGCUGGGAUACUUCAUGACGAUGCUUUACAAUCCAAACAACGUCGCGUUUGAAGCCAGUCCGCUGUCGACCUUGGCAGAGAUUGAAGUAGGCGAGCAGCUAUGUGAUCUCUUUGGCUACAACAUCAAUGAGGACAACACCGAAGCUCCUACGUCCUGGGGCCAUGUCACUUGUGACGGCACCGUUGCCAAUCUGGAAUCCAUUACUCAUACCUUCCCAGCUCGUAACCUGAAGUUCUAUCCCCUUUCGCUUCGCAAGGCCUUUGGAAAUGGUGAGGCACUCAACUUCUUGUCGGAGGCCUUCAAAGUCGAGACCUGCAAGGGAGAGACCAAGUUGUUCACUAAUCUAUCGACUUGGGAUCUGCUCAACCUUAAGCCAUCUGACAUUCUUGAUCUCCCUGAUCGACUCUAUCAGGAGCAUGGGGUGUCGAAUGCAUUCCUUUCUGACGUGAUGAAGAAGUUCACAAUUCAGUCCACUGGUAAGGAUGAGCUAGAGAGGGAGUUUGGACUCGAUCUACCAGGCCAAUACAUGCUGUCAAACACCCGACACUACUCUUGGCCCAAGGGUGCGGCAAUCAGUGGCUUGGGUUCCGACAAUGUUAUUGGCAUUCCAGUUGAUGCGGGAGCGCGUCUGGAUUUGGGCUUGUUGGAGAAUAAACUGCAAGAGAGUCUCGACAAAGAACAGCCCGUAUAUGCGGUGGUUGCUAUCAUAGGUUCCACGGAAGAGGGUGCUGUGGACUCUCUCAGUGGUGUUCUCGCCCUACGCAAGCAAUUUCAAGCCAAAGGACUGUCUUUCGUGGUUCACGCUGACGCUGCCUGGGGAGGGUAUUUCUGUUCCAUGCUGCCUAAGGACUAUCGGCCUGGAGAUGUCAUGAAUCUCCCUACUGACAUGGGUGCGGCCGAUGGCUUCGUGCCGGAUGCGACACUCCGCGCCCAGACUCAGGAUGAUUUGUUCGCCAUGCGCUUUGCCGACUCCAUCACCGUUGAUCCCCACAAAGCGGGCUACAUUCCCUACCCGGCUGGCGGUCUUUGUUACCGUGACAAUCGUAUGAGAUUUUUGGUCACUUGGACAAGUCCUUAUUUGUCGCGAGGCUCGGUCACCAGCAUUGGCAUUUACGGUGUCGAGGGAAGUAAACCCGGUGCCUCUGCAGUCUCGACAUGGUUGUCCAACAGGACAAUCGGUCUUGAUGCAAAGGGCUAUGGUGCCUUGCUUGGAGAAGUCACUUGGACUUGCAGCAGGCUCUCUGCGGAAUGGGCAGCGUUGACAGACUCCAAAAGCCCUUUUGUCUGCGUGCCUUUCAAUAUGCUACCAUCUGAACUUGAGCUGAAUUCAACUGAGGAGAAGAUCGAGGCCGAAAAGGCGCUUAUCCGGGAACACAUUGUCAAGAAGACGAACGCCGCCAUCAUUGCCGCAGACAAAGAGAAACCAGAUGACGAAAAGCUCAUGAAACUCCUAAGAAGCUUGGGUUCAGACCUCAACAUCAAUGCCUUCGCAUUGAACUUCCGUUACGAGGAUGGGCGUUUGAAUGAUGAUAUCGAAGAAGCCAACUACCUUAUGCAAAGAGUCAUUGAGGCCCUUUCCGUUGACAGCCCAGACGAUGAUCCCACCAAGAUUCCUCUUUUCUUGACCUCGACCGAAUUCUCUGACGAGCUGUAUGGAGAAUGCAAGGCGAACUACGUCAAGCGACUGGGCUUGGAGCAGAGUCCCCUGGACUUGAUGGUGUUGCGAAAUGUCGUCAUGUCUCCUUUCCCUACUGAUGGCAACUUCACAAAUCAGCUCGCCGACAUCUUUUAUGAUGUCGUUGCGAAGGAGACUGAGACCGUUCGCAAGCGUAACACCCCGGCCCCGGACUUCCAUAGCUUCCUCAUCCAGGGCACAGAGGAGAUAUACUUGAUCCAUCUACCCAUGUUCCAUGUGGCGAACCACCGACAGCAGCUCAUUGUCAACGCGAGCUUUGAUGAGAAGUCGAAGGCCAAGUACAUUGAAUUGAAGAAGUCAAACCCGACUGAGCCGAUGCUGCUCGUGACACAGCGCAAGGUAAUGGCCAAAGAUGUCAUCGAAGCCAAGGGACACUUUGAUGGGCAGAUCAUGACAAAGGAGUCCGGCAUCAUCCUCCAAGACGUUUGUGUUCAAUUGGGGAAGACCGUCGUCAGCCGUCCAUUGAACUCGAAAUAUCGUCUCGACAAGUAUCCGGAUACCUUCUUGCCAUUUUACCUCUACGGGACUCGUAAGUACACCAACAUUGACCACGUCAUCACCCGAGCGCCGAAUACGCAGCUUUCCGCCGGCCGCUGUAAGCUCAACUUCUACAAGAAGGUGGAUGAUUCAAUCUGGAAGAAACCCUUGGUACUUCUCAUUGAGGACGUUCGUGAGGCGAUCGUUAACAGCGGAACGCGGAGUGGCGCCGCCAAAGGGUCCAGCUUUUUCUUCCAGCCAGGUGCAACUUUCAAGGUUGGAGUUUGGGAAGAUGGCGACCGUUCCAGUGCCAGCUCUAAGUAUGCGAGCUUUGAGCUGGGCAAGUUUGUUGGCCGAGGCGAGCUCACUCUUGGGGAGAGCGUGUACGUCGAUAGUGAGGCCAUGAACCUUGACCCCUUCAAGAAGGUCGAGAAGGUCGCUGAGUGGCGCCGCGAGUUUGACAAGAUUGGCAAGGAGUUGGACUAGGCCUCUAGGAAGAUCUAGAUAUGGUGCCGUUUUGAGACGGAGUAAUCCACAAGAUUGGACGUUUGAUG